UACAACAAUAACACAAUAAUUAGUAAAUGAUAUUAUUUAUAACAAAUCGAUUUAGAAAAUCAAUUAACAAAAUAUUUAACAUGGUAACAUCUACUCGGAACGCGAGUCUAUCUGUCAAAUCAAUACGUCAUUCAAAUUGUUUUCGUGCCGGUUGUUAUGCGUAGAGUUGAAUUUAUUCCUCCGUAUUUGCUUCUGAUCGUUACAAUUUGCGUAAAAACUGUCGAGCUAAUCGUUUUCGUGCCUCCAGUGGGUUUUUUUUAGAUAUUGGACUCUUUUCUUAGUGACAAGUGAGCACAUUGACUCGUGAGCAUUGGACUCUUGUUUUUAGUGAUAUUGUUGUUUUACUCCGGAAAAAUGUCUGCACCUGGUAGAAGUCGAGUAAACUACUCUUUGUCUCGCCGGUGUGUUAAUUGCUCUUUACGUAUAGCGCCUAAUCUUCGUAGACGUUAAAUUGAAGAAAUAGAUGAACCAAUGCUUAUCCUUGUAAGAUCCCGGGUAACACCUACAUUGAUAUCUUCUGAUGAUAUCCUGUGUGUGAAAUGUUUUGUAUUAUUACAAAACCAGACAGCAUCUAACUCAAAUCUGUCACUUGUAUCCCCUGCUCGUGGACACCUAAACAUAUGCUACGCAUGUGGCUUGUCAAUAGCAAGUCGCAGAACUCAUAGAGUCAGUCAAGAUAGUUCCUCAAAGGAAUGUUAUACUAAGAUGGACACCAGUACAUCACGUGUUGCAUUUGGAACGAGUUUGUGUUCCUUGUUGGGCGGCUGAAUCAAGACAAGUCCGGAGGCAACCCGUUGCUGGCAGUAGCCAACACACUGUGGAGUCUGCACCGGAGACUGGUAUCAUGGAUGGAAACAUAAUUACAGAUAUGAUGAUUCCUGUACCACCACCGCUGGCACCGCUUUAAUGAUAUAAGCACUCCAGCACAAUUUCUAGACAACAUAUUCCUUGAAGAAUAAAUGUCUAUUAUUUUAAUUGGUUGUGUUUUUUCUUAUUAAACAUCUGUAUAGCAUUUACUAUAUUUUAAACUCCUUUAUAAUUAAGCCCUUUGUAAAAUAAACUACAGCUAAUCAUAGAUGGCACAGCGAUCUUACUAAGUAGCAGAGCAGUGAUUUUACUAUGUCGCUUGCAGGAGAUGCUGUCAUAUAUGUCAUACAUACUCGUAUAUACUAGGUACCUACCAGUUUGCCAACAAUCUUGGGGUCGGCUUUUAGUCUAACCGAUGCCGCUGAAUACAGUAUUGCUCAAAGAGUGACUGCCCAUCUGACCUCCAUACCCGAUACACUGGGUUAUAACAUGUUACCUCUUGGUAAGUGGUUGUCACACUUUCUGGAUUCUAGCUACUCAUAACAAGUAUAAAUAAUGCACCCAGAAUCAGCAGUUUAAAUGUAAGUACUAGCAGCCACCCAGCUGAAGUUUGUAAUGGAUGGUCACCCAAGUGCAAUCUGACCAAGUAGCUUAACUUAAGAUAUCUCCUUGUGGUUGUUGUAACGUAGCCACAUGCUACUCCAACCAAUUUAGCCCUAAGUAUAUUUAUUUCUACUGGUGCCAGCAAAACCUACUUCCGCUGACUGCAAGAUAAACAGUUUAACAUAUUAUUUACCAAGAAAAGAUGAUAUCUGAUGUUUUUAUUUCAUUUGGGAAUCAAUAUUAAUACUAAAAAUAUUUUAUUGUUUUAACGCAAAUUGUUUUUGAAAAAAUAUUGUCUAAUAACCUCAAUUUCUUCAUCAGAAAAAAAUCAAUAAUUCUCGGAAACUAGGGUGAAAAAUUAUAAAUUGUUUUCAGGGUCUGAAAAGGUAAUUGUCGUUCUUCAAAAUAAAGUUAAAACCACCAUGGCACGCAAUUUUUUUCUGGGGGCCCAAAUCUCCUAACAAAACGGGCAUUCUCCUUUACUUAACAAUUUGGACUUAGAAAAUUUAACGUGUGCAUGGACUUAGAAUAAUUUCAAUAAAAAGUGAACUACGGGGAACCUAUGCCCGAUUUUGCAGCGAAGUUUAAUAAGUUAAAAGACUUGUGAUUUUUUACGUGUUGGCCACGGACUUAGUAUAAAAUUAGUGAAAGACUUUAAUAUUUCAACAUGGAAGCGUUGAGUAACUUACAAUUUAAUUUACAAUCUACCAUCAGUAAAGCAAGGUCUAAUUUUAAGAAAUCACCUAAGGAGCGACUAACUAGUUCUUAUAUAGAAACUAGACUAGAAAAUUUAGAAGCUAACUGGUCAGCUUUUUUUGAAACUCACAUGAAAAUUGUGUCAUCUGUUAAGUCCAUGGAUUACGAAAAAUCUGAAUAUAACUUAAAAAAUGUUUACGAGACUACGGAAGAAUUAUUUACCGAGUAUAAAGCAGAGUUGAAGGAAGCAUUGAAAAAAAUUGUUUGUUCCGAUAGUUCAGCUAAAGUGCUUGAAUCUUCUGCGAAGGGUUCUAAAGAGACAUCUUUUGUGAAAUUACCUAAAAUUGAAUUGCCUAUGUUUAGCGGAAGUUAUUCUGAAUGGAUUAGUUUUAGAGACUUGUUUAAAUCCUUAAUACACGAUAACAGUGCACUUGACGAUGUUCAAAAGUUGCACUAUUUGAAAUCACAUUUGUCUGGAGAGGCUGAAGGUCUUUUACGGCACAUUCCUAUUACUAGUAGUAAUUAUGCAACUUGUUGGAGUCAAUUAGAGAAUCGCUAUAAUAACAAAAAGUAUUUAGCAAAUUGUAUAAUUAAACGUUUUAUGAGUCAAAAGAAUAUUGUAACAGAAUCUUCUAGUGCGAUUAAGGAAUUAUUAGAUACUUCCAAUGAAUGUUUACAUGCUUUGCAAAAUUUAGGUAUAAUGGUUGAUCAUUGGGAUGUAAUAGUUAUUUAUGUAUUGAGUUUAAAACUAGAUACUGAGUCACGUAAACAAUGGGAGAUGAAAAUUAGCGAUUGUUCAGACGAAUUGCCUACAAUGAAUCAGUUUAAAUCUUUUCUUGAACAAAGAUUUCGGUCUUUGGAAUUUUUAGAUAACAAAGGUCAAGGUCGUCAGUCCAAUCGUAAUGUGCCAGUCAAAUCACUUCAUGUGUCUACUACAUUGUGUAUAUGUUGUCAGGAUAACCACAAGCUUGCUAAUUGUAAAAGGUUUGCCGGUCUCGAUAUUGAAAAGCGUCGUAAUUUUGUCCAAACAAAUGGUUUAUGUUAUAAUUGUCUAGGGGCAAAUCACUCCGUAUAUGCAUGCCGCCAGUCUUCUAGAUGUCAUAUAUGUAAAAGGAAGCAUCAUAGUCUUCUUCAUCUCAAAAACGUCUCCAAAUCAGGUGGUGAUAGUAACAACCCGGAUCAAGUUGUCGAAGGUAGUGGGUCAGCUGUUACCACUUCAAACCAGAGCAAUUCCACCAAUAUUGUAAGUUGUUUUGCUAAUAGUCAUAGCCAAAUAUUAUUGGCUACUGCGCUGAUUGCAGCGGAAUCAAAGAGCGGUACUGCUAUAGUAUUAAGAUCUCUGUUAGACCAGGGAUCUCAGGCUUCGUUUGUGACGGAGUCCGCAGUCCAGCUCUUAGGUCUUAAAAGAAUACCAACUAAGGGUUCAAUUUCAGGUAUAGGUUGUGAUCAAGACAAAUCAUCAAUUCCACUAAAUUCGAUGGUUCUUAUUAAGGUUAAAUCACGCAUUGACCCUAGUUUUAUUUUCACGGUUAAGGCUUAUGUUUUAAAGAAGUUAACGACUAUUUUACCGGAAAGGAAAGUUAUGGCAAACGUUUUAACCACAAUUUCGUCUUUGGCUUUAGCAGAUCCUUCGUUCGAUACGCCGAACAAGAUUGACUUGCUUUUAGGCGCCGAAGUUUAUGGCCAGAUUUUGUUAGAAGGUUUAAUCAAAGGUUCAUCCAGUCAACUCAUCGCGCAAAACACAAGACUAGGAUGGAUCUUAUCUGGUCAAAUAGGUGAAAUCAACCAAAGCGAAACAUGCCACAAUACCGUCGUUACACUGCAUUCUACUCUCACAGAUGAAAAUAGUCUCCUUAAAAAAUUCUGGGAGCUAGAAGCUGAGCCCAAGGGCCUUAACGAUAAGGCGUACUUGACCCCAGAAGAGCAGAAGUGCGAAGAGAUAUUCAAGGGCACGACUAAGCGAGAUGAAUCUGGUCGCUAUAUCGUGCACAUGCCCUUCAGGUCAAGUGAUCCUGCUUGUAAAUAUGGGGGAUCAAAGGACAUUGCUCUCAAACGCUUUUUAACCUUAGAAAAGCGAUUUCUAAAGAAUCCAGACUUCAAGGCUCAGUAUUCAGCGGUUAUCAAGGAGUACCUAGAUCUGAAUCAUAUGGAUAUAGUACGAGAUAGUGACAAGGAAAGUGCUGUGUACCUACCUCAUCAUGCCGUCAUUCGAAACGACAAGAGUACAACAAAGUUGCGCAUUGUGUUUGAUGCAUCAUGUGUAGGCAGCAACGGAGUGUCUCUUAAUCACGAUUUAAUGGUGGGUCCUCCUCUACAACCUGAUCUUCGUCAUAUUAUCAUGCGGUGGCGUCGUGAACCUAUCUGUCUGGUCGCAGACAUCGUUAAGAUGUACAGGCAGGUUAGGGUAUGCGAUGAACACACAGAUUUUCAGCGCAUAUUAUGGCGGGAGAAUCCAGAUGACGAAAUUCAGGUGUUACGUCAUUUGCGAGUAACUUUUGGAACUUCAUCGGCGCCUUACCUGGCAGUAAGAUCAUUGCAGCAGUUAGCUCAGGACGAAGGCGCUGAAUUCCCUUUAGCAAAAACCCGUGUUCUUUCAGAUUUCUACAUGGAUGACCUUAUGGCAGGCUGUCAAACCAUAGAAGAGGGAGUAAUAUAUAAGCAGAUAACUGAGUUACUUAAACGUGGAGGGUUUCAGCUUCAAAAGUGGGCUAGUAACAACGAAGAAUUAUUAAAAUUAAUUGAAGACGGUCAACAAAUAUCACAAACACAAGGGAACAUGGUAUUAAAAACUGAUGCUAUUUCGAAAAUAUUAGGCUUAACGUGGGACAAAGACAAUGACGAGUUCGUUUACACAAUUCAACUUAAGGAGCUAGAUUUACCAGUUACGAAGCGUAAGGUUAUUUCAGACAUAGCACGAUUAUUCGAUCCCCUUGGAUGGUUAGCACCGACAAUCAUUACUGCGAAGGUGUUCAUUCAACGAAUAUGGAUGACUGGGAUCGAAUGGGAUGCAGAACUACCUGCACCAUUGCUGAAAGAAUGGCUUGACUUUCGAGAAAACCUUCGUAACCUUGUUAAGUUUCGUCUGCCUCGUUGGAUCAACUCUAGCAAAGAUAACAGAGUUCUAGAAUUACAUGGCUUUUCAGAUGCAUCCAAUGUAGCAUACGCCGCGGUGGUAUACGUUCGCAUCAUUGACAGAGAAGGACACAUUCAUACAAACUUGGUGACUGCAAAGACUAAGGUUGCUCCUGUUAAGCAGGUAUCAAUCCCUCGUUUAGAGCUCUGUGGAGCUGUCUUGCUUGCAAAACUUCUUGAGGAAGUCGCUACAACACUAGAAGUUCCCAAGCAGCACUUACAUGCGUGGACAGACUCAUCCGUCGUAUUGGCGUGGUUAAGCAGCCACCCUAGUCGGUGGAAAACGUUCAUCGCGAAUCGGGUUUCCGAAAUACUUACCAUAAUGGAUAGAAGUCAGUGGUCACAUGUGGUGUCGUCGGAAAAUCCAGCAGAUUGCGCAUCUCGGGGGGUUAGUCCUUCUGAAUGUAGUGACCUGCAACUCUGGAAAAAGGGUCCAGUAUGGUUGCAGAAUGAUAAAAUAGAUUAUAAUAGAGCAUAUAUUCAAGGAACUACGUUAGAAGAAAGAAAGAUAAAAACAAAGUGUCAUGCAACUGCAGUAGAAUUUCAUGAUAGUAUUUUAACUAGAUUUUCUAAGUUCAGUAGGUUAGUAAGAGUAAUAGCUUAUUGUAGAAGGUUUCUAUGGAUGAAGGAAUUAGAAUGUGAUAGAAUUAAACUAACUACUUGGCUUACUACAAAGGAAUUAAAUGAAGCUAUACUUACCUGUGUCAAACUCUGCCAACUCCAGUCGUUUAGUGAUGAAAUAGAAGCUGUAAAGAAGAAUCGUAAAUUAAAUAAGAAUACUAAACUUACCUCGUUGAGCCCUUUUCUCGACGAUGAUGGCAUUUUAAGAGUUGGCGGCCGCUUGCACCGCGCUUCUAUUAAUGAUAAUAUGAAGCAUCCCAUUUUGAUUCCUCACAAAUCACACUUUACCAAUCUUUUGAUUGCAGAGGCUCACGAGAGAACUUUGCAUGGCGGGCCGCAAUUGAUGCUGAAUUACUUAAGAUCCAAAUACUGGAUACUCAAUGCAAGGACUCUCGUUAGGCAACACGUUCAUAAGUGUGUAAUUUGUAUUCGACAUUCCACACAAACACACCAACCAAUGAUGGGUCAGUUACCGAAGUCCAGGGUGUCUGUUCAGAAGCCGUUUCAAUGCAGUGGGGUAGAUUACGCUGGUCCAAUCAGCGUCCGAAGCUCUAAAGGUCGUGGUCAUCACUCUACGAAGGGGUAUAUCUGCUUAUUUGUCUGCAUGUCCACUCGGGCUAUUCACCUCGAGGUUGUCAGCGACAUGACUGCUCAGAGUUUUCUAGCGUCUUUUAAGCGUUUUGUAGCCCGACGUGGCCGAGUAUUGGACCUGUGGAGUGAUAACGGGACCACAUUUGUUGGUAGUGCGAAAGAAUUGCGACAAUUAUUCAACGCUGAAAGGUCUAUGGUAGCUUCGGAAAUAGCUGAUUUCCUUUCUAUGAAUGGUACGACUUGGCAUUUCAUACCUCCCCAUGCUCCAAAUUUUGGAGGAUUGUGGGAGGCGGGUGUCAAGUCCACGAAGCACCAUUUAAAAAGAAUUAUAGGCACCAGCACAUUGACUUUUGAAGAAAUGACAACUGUGCUGGCUCAAAUUGAGGCCUGCCUAAACUCGAGGCCUAUUUGUCAGCUUUCUAACAAUCCAGAGGACUCAUGUCCAUUGACGCCUGGGCACUUUCUCGUGGGUGAACCUCUGGUAACUGUACCCGACGUUAAUUAUGAAAAUUCGUCUGUUAGUAAUCUGAAGCGGUGGCAUCUUACACAGAAAAUGCUUCAAAAUUUCUGGCGUAGAUGGUCACUGGAGUACUUAACUCAAUUGCAACACCGAUAUAAAUGGACAGACUGUAAGCCUGAACCUGAGAUUGGAGACGUAGUUCUGGUGAAGGAAGAUGGUCUUCCACCUGCUCGAUGGCUAUACGGUAUCGUUACAAAUAGGCAUCCAGGUUUGGACAAUAUUACUCGCGUUGUAACAAUACGCUGUAAAAAUAGUGAGAUUAAAAGACCCAUAUCUAAAUUAAUUAUGUUACCUGUAACUACUUAGUUGUUGUUUAUCACCAUAUUGUUGAAGUUUAUAUAUAGUUUAUUUUACAUUUCUUAUACACGGUUUGUGAAUCUACUUGAAUGAUUUUGUAUCUUUCACUUGUUUUUACUUUUGUUUUUUUUUUUGUAUGUUUAUUACCUAAGGGAUGAACCUGUACAUUUCACUUGUUUUUUUUUGUUGUUUAUUGCAUUUGUAUUACAUAAAGCAUGUUCUUGUAUUGUAGACAUAAGGCUUUAGUUUAGAUUUUUAUGCAUUGUCGAAACCAAAUUAAUUUAAGUUAAUAUUGUCAUGAUUUGGUUGAUGGACAGUGCCGUCCAUGGUGGGCGGAAUGUCUAUUCUGUUUACAUAAUUUAUAAUACUACGUGAAACUGCCAUACAAAAUCGAUAAAGUUUGUUUACCGUUAGUACCGCAAAUCGAUAACAGAUGGCGCUGUGCCGAAACGUCAUUUUUCUACAUCGCGGUGUUAAGAUUCUCCGCCGAUAUACGACCUAUGCAGUUUUAUGUGCAAUAAAUUGUCUUGCUCUGGA